GAUCGCGUUAGAGAGAAAGAGAGACAAGCGAGGGAGAGACAUUAACGAGUCGGCCGUUUGCGGCGGAAAGUGCGCGACCAUUGUCGAAAGUGUGCACGGGGUGCGGGCGCGAAUAAAUGAAAUCUAGCGAGCGCGAGCAAGAGAGAGAGCGAACGAGAGAGAACGAGCGCGAGAGAGACAGAGAGAGAGAGAGAGAGAGAAAGAGACAGGAUAAAACAAACAGAGAGGUUAACAGUGCGCGAAUAGUGGGAGCGUAGUGGGCCAAGGGGGCCGCGGGAGGCUGGAGAGGGGGAGAGCGUACUGACGCGAAAGAGCAUGAGUGGGAAGAAGGAGCGCGAGAGAGGGAGAGAGAGAUACUUGAAGGAAUUCCGCGUCGAGCAAUGUCCCCUCUUCGUACAGCGCAAAUGCACGCAGCACCGGCCCUUCACGUGUUUCAACUGGCACUUCAUGAACCAGCGGAGGCGCAGACCGGUGAGAAAGAGGGACCGCACCUUCAACUACAGCGCGGACAAUUAUUGCACCAAGUACGAUGAGACCACCGGCAUCUGCCCCGAUGGAGACGAGUGUCCAUAUCUGCAUCGCACCGCGGGGGAUACGGAAAGGCGUUACCACCUGCGUUACUACAAGACGUGCAUGUGUGUGCACGACACCGAUACACGUGGGUUCUGCGUGAAAAAUGGACCGCACUGCGCCUUUGCGCACGGCAAUCAUGACCUGCGCCCACCCGUCUACGACAUUAAGGAGAUCCAGGCGUUGGAGAACCCUGACUCGGACCCGAACUCCUCGUCCAACGGGCCUAACAUACUCGACAAGGAGCGCAACCUGAUGAACGAGGACCCCAAGUGGCAGGACACGAAUUACGUACUGAGCAAUUACAAGACCGAGCCGUGCAAAAGACCACCCAGGCUGUGCCGCCAGGGAUAUGCUUGUCCGCAGUAUCACAACAGCAAGGACAAGAGGCGCAGUCCGCGGAAAUACAAAUAUCGCAGACUUUGGAACAGCAUAUUCUUGAGACCAAAUAAAGUAAAAAAGGACCACUUUUUUAUCAUAAGUUCGACACCAUGUCCGAACGUGAAACACGGUGAGGAGUGGGGUGAGCCGGGUAACUGCGAACAGGGAGACGGAUGUACGUACUGCCACACGCGUACCGAGCAGCAAUUCCACCCCGAGAUCUAUAAAUCGACGAAAUGCAAUGACGUGCAACAGGCCGGUUAUUGCCCGCGCGGAGUCUUCUGUGCCUUCGCACAUGUUGACCGUGAGUGUACACUCAUCAAUCUGUUGCCAACAGAAGAAAUGAGCCUGGCGAGGGAUAUGGCGGUACCUAUAGAUUGCGGCGCAAAUUUGGCCGAGAUACUCAGCAACGCUCUUCCACCCGACAAGCGCGCUCAUGACAAGGAUAAGCCACUCAGCGACAGCAGUAACGGGAGCGGUGAGGUCUCGGAGUCUGCCAGUACUAGUAGUUUGGGUAGUAACAGUUCACACAGCAAGGCUCCAGGUGCUCAACUGCACAAUUCCAAUGCCAAUCCCGGCAUGAACACGGCCGCUCAGCAGAAACUCACCAGUAUACUCUAUAACCCUAAUUCUCUCAUACAAGUUAAUGAAAUCCGGAAGCAAAUGGUCGCCAUUGAUAGCGAUCCGCUGUUGACGAAGUCCGAAAAGGCUCAGCAGAAGCAGAGCCUCUACAUCGCGUAUAAUCUGAAUGGGACAUUAGGCAGUCACUCGUUAGCGACCACUGUUUCACCGCUUUCAAAUUCAUUCUACUCAAACGACACUGUUGAAUCCGUAGUAGGAAACGCCUUGGACGAGUUACAUCUGGACGAUCCAUUAAAUUUAGUCGAAUCAAUUCAUAGGGAUACAAACUCACCGAUCGGCAAUUCAAUAUCGGCUGGCCUAGCCAGCUCUGGUCUACUCGGUAGCUCAGCCCCGGUCAAUAUACCGGGAAUGGCUGAACGUUCCGUUCUCACGAACUUUUCGCCAUCGACGUCCAGUCCGUUGCAGCAAUUGCAAACGGCUAGUUUCCUCACCGGGUCCAGAUUCUCUCACCAAGAUUCCAUAGAAUCCACAAUGCCAUUUAUGAAUCAGAUAUCAGAUCCAUUUAGCAAUCACAUUUCGCAACUUAGCAGCUCGGCUUCUAAGCUUAGUGGAUUCAAUAGUAGUUUAUUUGAUUUCGCGAGCCAAGGAAUGUCCCCGUCUCGUACGCAACCACUACCAGCAUCUCCAUUGGUCAAUGCAUUUUCCAUUAGUCCAAGUAACACAGGAUCGUUGUCUGAGGUACAAAGGCUCAGAGAGGAAUUGACGUCGAGCCGUGCUCAGCUGGCGACAUGGGACGAGCGUAUUAAUCAGGCGCGCGCGGCUUGCGCGGCGUGGCAGUUGGAAAGCGAGGAGGCGAAAAGGAAAGCCACGAUCGCCGAACAGCAGCGGGAUGAGAAUAUGGAUUCUUUGCAGGCUCUAAUGCAAGUAAAAGCACUUAGGGUCGAAAAUGAGGCGUCCAGCGGCGGCCCGUUUCUCCAUACGGUGAAACGCAUAAAUGAGCUCAGAUCACUAUCAAUAGCUACCUUGAAAUCGAUUCAGUCGCAAUUACGCUCAGAUCUCGAGGAAGUGGAAAAGGUGCUGUAUAGGGAAACAGCCACAAAAUGUAUGGUUUGCGAAGAACAGAAUCGUACGGUUACCCUAUCACCGUGUAAUCAUUAUGUAGUCUGCUCGACGUGCGCUCCAAAUCAACGCGAGUGCCCGUACUGCCAGACACCAGUCGUCUCGACAAGUUAGGUCCGAAUUUUUUCUCUUAGAAUCCCGUUACAUUUCCGCUUCUUUCGUCAUUUUAAAAGGGCAGUCUCUAAAAAUAUCAUGUGAGUAGUAUCACACAAUUUCGCAAAGACAUAUAUAUAUAUAUAUAUAUAU